GCGGGCAUCCAGACGAAUCUCUGGGAGCCAUCCCUCUUCCACCGCUGCCCAACACCGUCCCUGGUGGACUCAGUCACGUACGAUGCGGCAUCGACAGACAUCGACGCCGUGGUCGGUUUGGGCCACGGCGGUGUCUUGGACUUAGCGAAGGCAGCGGCCGCGAUCAUUCCGCUUGUCCGCGCUAGCGCCCAGUACUCGCCCAUCUUCACCCGUCCCGGCAGUGGCUCAGCCAAGCCCGGUCGGGAUCUGACGGAGCUGCUUGUGAACGGCAACAUGCGGGGCAAGGGCAACGCUGCCGGAACCAACGGCAUCAACGGCGCUCUGCCGAAGUGGCCGAAUGCCCCCGUCGCUGAAAGCUUCCUGCUGGGCAGCGAUGCAAAGCCGCGGGCCUCGACACUGCUGGCAGGUUCUUCGUUGCCUUUGCUACUGGUCCCAACCACAGCGGCCAUCGCAGCUACGAGCGGGCGCUGCUUGCUUCGACCGGAAGGCCCAGAAGCUCUCGUGCCCCUGGCCAUUGCCGGCCCUGGACCCUACGGCGUCGGAGUGGGGCUUCAGGCGACCGAGGUGGUGGCGGAUGCCACGGUGACGCAGGGCCAGUCUGCCCGAGGAACCGCAGCAGCUAUGGCCCAUGCUAUCAGCGUCUUUGUCGAUUCCGCGGCUGCUUCUGGCGGCACGGUGAAGCAGCAGCAGCUGAUGGAUGACAUGAUGACAGGGGCCGGCUCGAACCUGGGGCUGGCAGGAUUUUCGGAACCAGCAGCUGUGCUCGGUGUAGACCUCAUCAGCCUGUUCAUUGCCAUGGCUCGUGCUCUUGUGCUCAGCUUGGUGCUGGCAUUGGCUUCGGCAGAGUCCCUGAAGGACUGCAUUGAAAGCAAGUGCCGCGGCUGCGGUGGAGAGCAAUGUCAGCUUUGCCGCGAAGACGUAAACACCGUGUCUGCUUGCGUGUCAUCCUGCAUGGACAGCCUCUGCCGUGGUUGUGGUGGCGAGCAGUGUCAGCUGUGUCGUGAAGAUGCCAGCCACAUCGAGACCUGCUGCUCCCAGCAGGGGCUGGAAUCGGUUACCUCGCAGAUCGACACGUGCAAG